UUUGUUCAAUGUUUUAUUGACAUAUAAUGUUUUAUUGAUAUACAAUGUCAUUCCUGAUCACAUCAGUUUUUGAAAGGUAUUCAGAACACUUUUUACUUUUCAUUUUACACAUUUUAUAUCCAUUAUUAUUGUUCUUAUGGAUUUGCACAUGAGCAAAGUACCGAAACAUUUACAAUGCGCGUCUAUGCGCUUCCACGGACCUGAUUUAAUAAAACGCAUAGAAUUACUUCAACUCAAGCGUCAGUUAGAAGUACUUGCGACUUUCGUACCGAACGAAAUCCUGAAUUAUCAACAAGAUAGACAACAAAGAAGUUGUGUGGGAGUUUUAUUAUUCGCUGAUGUAUCUGGAUUUACACCACUUACAGAAAAAUACAAUAAAACUGGCAAAGGAGGAAUUUAUCGUCUUACGGCCACAUUGAACGCUUACAUCGGGGCCAUCGUAGAAGUAAUUCAUUUAUUCGGUGGUGAUAUUUUAAAAUUUUCCGGAGAUGCAUUCCUGGCACUUUGGAAAGUCAAGCAAGGACAAUCUGCAUAUGACAUACUUCACGUAGUAGUAGUAUGUGCAUUAAUCAUCCAAAAAAAUUUAGGUGUCUUCGAAACAGAAGUUAAUGUCAUGCUCAAAGUGAAACUAGCAAUUGCUUGCGGAAAUGUUGACUUUGCGGUGAUAGGAUCCGGUGUAACAAAGAACUACGUAAUCGUCGGUCAAGCAAUCUAUGACGUCAAGAAUGCAGAAUAUGUUAGCGUAAGUGGUGAUGUUGUAAUAUCACCAGCAGCAUGGUCACACAUGUUACACGAUCGUUAUGUCACCACCGAAGCAGAAAACGGCAACGUAAAAGUCUGGAAGACAAUUUACCGGAAAAACGAAGAACAAAAACGUAUUUACUUUGAAGAACGAACUGCUGAGGUUCUGGAACAAGUUGUAAAACAUUUAGCACACAGAAAAAACAUCCAUGUUAAAAGAUCCUUCGAAUCCAAUUCAACAAUGAGUAAAAUUAUAGAAUUAUUCAUUAGGUCUUUACCCAAACGUGAGGUAAUAAAAGACGUACCAAAAUAUUGGACCAUUGAUGAAUUAAGACCAUUCAUCAUAAAACCUGUACAAGAUCAAGUUGAUGAAAGUCAACCAGUUGAAUACCUGACAGAAAUGCGUGAAGUUACAAUACAAUUUAUAAACAUCGUUCCAAUUUCCAGAGAACCCGAGUAUAUGAUAGAAAUGUGUCAUAAUUCUUAUAACAUAAUAUGUCGCAUUGUGGGCGAAUCUCUGGGUGUGGUGAAUAAACUAUCACUCUUUGAUAAAGAUUUCAUGAUCCUGGUGCUUUUUGGAUUGCGUGGAAUACGGCACGAAAUGGAAAGUCAACAUGCGCUUCGCAGUGCUUAUAAUAUACGAAAAAUGAUCACCGAAAACGUACGAAAUGUAGAUUCCUGUUCAAUUGGCAUCACUCAAGGAUUAGUCUAUUGUGGAGUCGUAGGACAUCCAUUCCGUCGAGAAUAUACUGUGAUAGGAACAGAAGUAAACAAAGCAGCUAGAAUGAUGAUUGCUUACCCAUGCAAAGUGAUUUGCGACUACAAAACAUUCAAACAUUCACAAUUGGCUUCAUUUUACUUUAGAUUACAAAGCACAGUAAAACUUAAAGGUAUUGAAGAAGCUGGCAGUAUCUAUGAAUACAACGAGGCUUUCGAUGACUAUGAUGAUAAACGUAGACAGAAAUUAACUGUGUUUGGCCGCGUAAAAGAAUUCAACAUGAUUCGCAAUGUGAUUUUUAAUAGUGCCGAAAGUUUAUGGGUGAAAUAUAAUGGUAUUUGUUUCCAUGGGCCGAGAAAAAUUGGCAAGACUUCAAUUUUACUCCAGUCAAUAAGAGCAUUACGAAAAAUUGGAUCUGGACCAACUAUCAUCUCCAUUGAAUUGAAUAGUAAUUCCUUCGUUCCAUUCUUAACUAUAACGAAACUAUAUGACAAACUAUUCGAUUGUUUAGGAAUGAUAAAAUCGAAUGUUACGCUUCUGCCUAAUCUGCCAAGACAGUUAUUUAAACCUGAUUUGUACAUGUGGUUUCCACGAUAUGAUGUGUCAGUAUUCAAGUAUAAUAUUCUCACAACUUUUCGACAAAUUAUACAAGCAAAUAGUGAAGUAGGGACGAUAUUUUUCAUUGAUAAUGUUCAAUAUAUAGAUAUGCAAAGUUGGGACAUCUUACAAGUGUUCCUUGAUGAAGGUAUCAUUAAACUUUUUAUGACAGCUUGCUGGGAGGAUGCUACAUGGAACGUACAAGAAAGUCUAAGAGAAUUACAAUCAUUAAACUUUUAUGAAGUAGGACCAAUUUCACCACGAUAUGUAGCUGUGUUAGCUUGCAUGUUUUUGGAUGCUGUUGGAAUACCAAAUCACUUGGAAUACCUUCUAAUUCGUAGCUGUGGAGGUAGACCUGGAUAUAUCCAAAGUUCUAUUCUACGUCUGGUCAAUAACGGCUCCUUACAACUUAAAAUUAUCAACAAUUCAGAAAAAGAUUACACGCGUUUCAUAUUCCCGGUUGAAGUAAACACGGAUCCAUGUGAUAUUGUUGCUAUCGUCGAGUUUUCAGAUAGAUACAGACAUAUCGGUCAAGAAUUAACCCUGCAAGCAAUUUCAAUGGAUUUGUUUGAUUCUUUUACACCAUAUCAACAAUUAGUGAUUAAAACCGCAUCGGUAAUCGGUGAAAUGUUUAGCAGAUCAUUACUUGUGGUUGCCAUGCAGUACCCACCUGAAGAACAAUUGGCAAAAGUUGUAAUGCAGUUGUUUGAAGAAGAAGUUUUUGAAUGUGGGAGUAAAUAUGUGAAUGCCAGUGAUAUGGAACGUUCUGCAUAUGUAAAAUUUUGCUGUCGGUGCUAUUUCAAACGGUCUUCACUUGCUGGUGAGGCAAAAGCGCUACCAAGAUAUGCUUAUUGCAAGAUAAUACAUUUUAAAAACAAAAGUAUUCGAGAAGUGGCUUAUGAUUUGCUACCAGGUAAUCAGAAGAAAGAACUACAUUUAUUGUGUACUGAAGUAUUGGAAUCUUCAAAACAUUCUUGUCCGACCUGUACGAAACAACCAAGUUUAUUCAUCAUGCAUUCCUCCUCAUAUAAAACAGUUAUGGAAUAUUGUACAGACCCAAGAAAAGCGUACAAACAUAGUAGUCUUCCUGAACCUGAAUAUGGGAAUAUGAAGAAAGUAGUGAGGAAUUCAAUGUUUGGCACUUACGUUGAAAGAUACGCCAGUGAUAUUUACAAGAGACCAAGUAGGACUACUCAAAAGUGUAACUGCUUUGAAAUUUGGAGUAGCGUCUUUCAGAGUCUAAAAUUUCACGCGGAUCAAGGCAAACAUACUGGUAAACUGGUAUAUUACACAAUGAAAUACGGAUUUAUUUUGAUGGCUGUACAUGAUUUCUACAAUGCAAUUUCUUACUUUAGAGAAACUAUCGAAUUGUGUUUAGCGGACGCUAAUGAAAUAAAACAGGAUCCUGUGCUAUCCAGAUAUAAGAUAUUUAUAUUGGGAAGGACACAUAUUGGUCUCACACAAGCGCAUCUUGCACUCGGACAGGUACACGUUGCUAAAAAUCACAUAGUAAUUGCGUUGAGGCAGUAUAACAUCCCGAGCUUAGCAUUAGAAUAUCGCACAUUCCACGAAUUACUCAAGAAAACAUUUGUGGUGAAUAUUAGACAAAUGUAUGCAGAAGCAUAUGACAACACAUGGUUUAGAUUUGAUUGUGGUAAUGCUUUAGCAUUUUGUGCGAAAAUAUUCACACUUGAAGGUAAAUGGUCCUUAGCUAAAUCUGCAGCCUUGCAUAGUUUACAUUGUCUGAAAGCAGUCAAUUCUAACGUACCACUUUUAUGCGAUGUUUAUUGUAAUAUUAUUGAAAUAUAUUCAACGUCUAAUGAAAGAUCAAAAUUGGAAAAACUACAAAAACAUGUAUUUCAAGAGAUACUUUAUAACUUCAGUAAUCGAGAUAUUAACCAUGUAAAUACAACUAUUGUUUUGAUGGAAUCAUUGCUUGAAUCACACUAUGUUUGUGGACAUAUCACGGAAGGAAUACGCAUUGGUUAUCGCAUGUUAGAUAUAUGCUCACGUCUUGAUUACUUUGCAUUUGAAUCAAGAUUAUUUUUUCAUUUACCACUAUUGCUUAUAUACAAUGGAAGAAUUCGUGAUGCUGGCGAUGUGAUGAAAAUUUAUAAAAGAAGAAUGCAUUACACUGUUAACUACAUGUCAAUCUACUACAUUGUCGCGUUUAUUAUUUAUUUAUCAACUGGUUUCUCUAUUGAAAAAAUUGAUGCGAUACUCAAUUUUGCAUCGCAGUUAAAACGCAUCAAAGGCAAAUCUAAACGUGUGAAUGAAUUUUUAUUCACAUUGGUACAACUUCACUACUUCAGGCUUGGCAAGUUUUAUAAAUCUGAAGAAUGGAAAGGUGACAAUAUCUGGAAUCCGAAAGAAGUGAAAUCUUCAAUUCCAAUGUGCGAAAUGAUAUUUAUCAUACAAUGUAAGCUCCAGCAAUAUGUGUAUAGCUAUCAUCAAAAGAAUACCACAGCCGAAGUGGAAGUAAGACGAAUUAAUACUCAUCUUAUGUUACUUAGGGAAUCCUGUAAGCAAUAUACAGUAUAUUUACCGAUGUUUUAUUAUCUAAAAUCAUGGUUAGCAAGAAUAACAGGACACAAAAGAAAAUCUCUAAAGUUUAUGAAGAGAAUGCGACAAGAAGCAACAAAAUGCAAGAAUUAUUUGGUGGAAUAUCAAGGAAUUGCUUCUUUCAAUUGUUGGAAUGGUGGUUAUUCCAUCAAAUAUGAGAAUAGACCGCAAAUAUCUUAUUUAGAAGCUGAUAAUUAUACAGAGAAACAAAUUAUUCAAUUUCUUCAUGCGGAUAAUGUAGAAUAAAUCAUUAAAAACUAAA